AUGCGCCCGACCACGCCUGUUGCACAUCCGCCCACGCCGCUCGCUCCAGCUCUUGCUCAGCUGCGCGAAGAACCCUCGCAGCCCUCGCAAAUUGCUCGCACGCGAUCGCCCACGCGGCUCACGUCAGAGCUACAAGUACGCGCUCGAGCCCAGGCAGACCGUCUGGACACUAUCAUUGGCAUUGUCGAGGAGUUCCAGGCGGCGGCUGCCAAGGAGCCUCUGACGAUCAUUGAAGAAGAGGUCAAGAUCACGCGGGACACGCUGCUGCAGCUACACGUUGCGUUCCAGCAGGAGCACCUCCUUCUCAGCCGCCAAUGGCUGGUCUCACAACUGGAGCACGGCUACUUUAAGACCAAGGUGGCUUCCAAUGAGGAACGCGUCGUGCUCACGGCCAGGAAACUCCUCGCCCAGCUGGAAAAUCGGCUCACGCAGACCAAGCAGGCCCAGCAGACCACACAGCAGGCUCAGCCCAUGCAGACCACUCCGCCCUCGCAGAUGCGCUCUCGUUUGCCAGAGCUGACUCUCCCAACAUUCGAGGGAGAGUACAGCAAGUGGCAAGAGUUUAAAACCCGUUUCUCGUCUGUCAUUAGCAAUAGGACAGAGCUCUCAGAUAUUGACCGACUGCACUAUCUGAAAGGGGCUGUGACAGGGAGCGCAGCCCAACUGAUCUCGCAUUUGCCCGCGACAGAGGAGGCGUUCACCCAGGCUUGGCAGCUACUGGAUGCUCGCUUCGAAAACAAACGGCUCAAUGUGCAAUCACACAUGGACAGAUUGUACAAUCUGAAGCCAAUGAAGACCAGGAAGGCAGCGUCGUUGACCAAGAUGGUCAAUAUUAUCCAGGAGACACAGCAGGCACUGAAAUCGUUCAAGCUUGCCGACGAUCCCAACUGCUACCGGCUCAGUGGCCUCGUCCGCCUUCUCGACACGGAUACACGCGAGCACUGGGAGCAAUCGCUCGCCUCUCAGAAGGAGUAUCCUACGAUACAGCAAUUGACCACCUUUCUGCUGGACUGCGCGGGAACAUUGGAGCAACUGGAGCGUUUGGGGGACGCGCGCCGUUCUCAGACCACGCCUGAUACAACAACACGGACAUCGCACGCUCCCAUGCAGCUGAGGCCAACAGCUCGCGCCGCCCACGCAGCUGCAACUCAGCCCACUCCGGCAUCCGCAUCAGGCCGCCCAGACACCACCAGACCACGCACUUCGGCACUCUACCCGUGUGCCUUCUGCACGCACGACCAUUUCCUGGCGGUGUGUCCCGCUUUCAGGCAGUUGACACUAAAUGACAGGGCCAAUGUUAUCAAGGACAAACAACUCUGUGUCAACUGCCUGGGACACCAUAGUCUCAGGAGCUGUCGCACUGCCCAAUGCUACAAACUUUGCAAUGAACAGCACCACACGGUGCUGCAGGGCAGGGACCUGAGCAGGGUAAUGGUGCCUGGACUCAGAACAACGCAGCCCUCAACCGGUACAACGCUACCGAAGAACACGCCAGCACCGUCAACCUCAGAGUCUUUAGUAAAUCAGCUUAGACUCAGGCGACAACGCUCCUCAUUGGAUGUCCACAGAGUUGGUGGAGCAAGGACCUCGCAGACGAAUGGGGUGGUCAAUAUUACCCUCCAUUCCAACUACAGACCGCUCUCAGUCACCGUUCACGCACACGCGCUCACGAAGGUGACCACUUGCCUACCAUCAGAUCCACCAGCUCGUACAACGCUGCCAUCGCAUCUGGGGAAAUUGAACCUCGCAGAUCCUCAAUUACACACAUCCAGACCGGUGGACAUCAUUCUCGGAGCAGACGCAUACGGGCAAGUCAUCAAGUCAAAUAUUAUUCGGCACGCGUCAUCACCGUUGAUCGCUCAACUUUCGAUCUUCGGUUGGCUCAUAAUCGGGCCCCUGGAGGGCUCUCAGACAAUUUGCAGGACUUCUCAUCAAGUGACAGUCAAUAAUACUGAUCGCCAAUUGAAUGAGUUACUCAGCCGCUUCUGGACGCAGGAAGAGCCACCGCAGGACACGGCACUCUUGCUCUCGCCAGAUGAGCAAGAGUGCGAAGAUCACUUCAAGACCACGCAUUCAAGAGACUCUGCAGGAAGAUACAUCGUGCGAUUGCCGCUCAAACUUCACCCAAGAACACUCGGCAAUUCGUAUCAGACGGCGCACAACUGUCUUCCGCGGAUUCUCAGACGACUCAGCAAGGACACUCAGUACAAACAGCUGUACACCAAGUUCAUGUUCGAAUAUGAGCAGCUUGAUCACAUGGUAACACUGAACAAUGACUCAAUAAUCAGUCCGUUUCAGUACUUUCUCCCGCAUCAUGGCGUUCUGAAGUUGGGCAGCACGACCACCGCAUUGCGUGUGGUUUUCAACGGCUCCAGUCCAACUUCAUCAGGAUACUCGCUGAACGAUCUUCUACACACUGGUCCAAAUCUGAUGCUAAAUAUCGCAGAUCUGCUCAUUUGGAUACGCAGAUACAAACAUCUGUUUGCAACUGACGUCACGAAGAUGUACCGACAAAUUAAGGUGCAUCCAGAUGACUGGAGCUUGCAGCAGAUACUCUGGCUUGAUGACACGCAGAAAGAAACGCAGUACCAGCUGACCACGGUCACGUACGGGACGAAAGCUGCACCGUACUUGGCUGUUCGAACACUCCUGCAACUCGCUGAGGAUGAAGGGUCGAAAUAUCCCCUUGCUGUUGAACCCAUCAAAAACGGCAGGUAUGUCGAUGCUAUUUUUGGUGGCGCAGACACAGCAGAGCAUCUACAGGAUGUUGCAAAUCAGCUAACGCAACUCUGUCAAGCUGGUGGAUCUCCAUUGGCAAAAUGGCAUUCCACGAGGAAAUCGUUGCUAGAAGACCUCGCACCAGAACAGAACAACGCAGCAAUCUCAUUCGACGACUGCGCAACCAAAAUUCUCGGAAUUAAAUGGAUUCCACAUCAGGACACGCUUAACUUCUCGACCAUAUCAGCUACGCAACGCACGCAGUUUACGAAACGCCUCGUCCUCUCAGAAGCAGCACAACUAUUUGAUUCUCUCGGUUUUGUUGCACCUGUAAUUAUCAGAGCUAAAAUUCUCAUUCAAGAGCUUUGGUUACAGGAACUCGGUUCGGACGACAUUCUGCCUUGUCACAUUACUCAGCAGUGGCUUCGUAUCAGGGAAGAUUUAACCAGUCUGGCCAGACUUUCCAUCCCACGAUGGUUCAACACAACGACCACGUCUACAGUUGAACUCCACGGAUUCUCUGAUGCAUCAGUCCUCGCAAUGGCAGCAGUCGUCUACCUCGUUGUCCACGCACCGUCCACGGGUACCCACACAUCUCUGAUCUGCUCGAAAACGCGAGUGACACCACUCAAACGUCUGACCAUCCCGAGGUUGGAACUCACAGCAGCGCUGCUACUCUCAAAACUGAUGCGGCAUGUUCACGCUACUUUGAACUUGACCGUUUCUCAGACAUUUUUGUGGACGGACUCAGAAGUUACGCUUGCAUGGAUCAAGACGCACGCCUCCAAAUGGAAGGAUUACGUACGCAACAGGGUAAUCCAGAUCCAGGAGAUUACGCAGAACUAUCACUGGAGGCACGUACCAGGAUCAUCGAAUCCAGCUGACUGCGCGUCAAGAGGUAUGACGACAGAACAGCUUCAACAGCAUUCUCUGUGGUGGACGGGACCACCGUGGCUCACGCAAUCUCAGAACUCGUGGCUUAAGCUGACCAGUGUCGACGCAGACGAGUUGGGCGCCCCUGAAGCUUGUGCUGUCGUCUCACUCCACACGGCAAACGCAAAUCACCGCUCUUUGCCUCAAAUUCGUGGACAAGCUGUUCAAAGGCGUGACGCUUCGCCCACGCAUUACAUCUCCGCAGCUGAUAUCGAAAGGGCCAGAAUCUACUGGAUUCAGGCCACGCAGUCCACAUUCUUCAAAGAUGAACUCGCUGCACUCGCCAAAGGAACUACGCUUCCGUCGACGCAUCCAUUUACGAGGCUCACCGUUUACCUUGACCAUCAAGGGAUCGCCAAAAUUGAAGCCAUCCUCAAUUCAAGACCGUUGGAACCAUUCAGCGAUGAUCCAGACGACGUCUCAGCCCUCUCACCAGGACACUUCCUGAUCGGAUCGCCGCUCAACGCAGUUACAGAGUCAACGCUUCUUGACGUCUCAGUCAACAGAUUGUCAAGGUGGCAAUUUCUGCAGCAGCGCCUCCAACAAUUGUGGAGACUCUGGUCCACGCAGUACUUGCAGCGACUCCAGGCCAUCUCUAAGUGGCAUCAUCCGUCCAACGAGAUCAAGGUAGGCUCUCUUGUUCUCAUUACUGAUGAACGCUUGACCCCAGGGAAAUGGCCCAUGGCCAGGGCUCUCAAUUUGAUGCCAGGAAAGGAUGGACUGACCAGGGUCGUCACUCUCAAGACGGCCACCACGACACUCACGCGGCCAAUCGCCAAGCUGGCGCUGCUUCAUCAGCCCUCUCAGGACAACGCGGACACGCAGACCACAUCAUCGACCAGUCGCUGA